AUGGCUCCAAUUGCCCUGAUUUCGCCUGAAGAAUCGGCGGCUCCGGCUCCGACCUCGACUGACAUCGCUGCUUACCAGGGAUAUGCCUACGUGCACUGGUACGUUGGAAACGCUAAGCAGGCGGCGUCAUACUACGUUACGCGCAUGGGCUUUGAGAGAGUGGCGUAUCGAGGUCUUGAAACGGGUUCAAGGGCAGUGGCAUCCUACGUCGUCAAGAAUGGGAAGGUAACUUUCGUUCUGACGUCACCCCUCCGCUCACCUGGAACUAGUCGUUCUCAGUUGAGCGAUGAGGAUGAGCAGCUACUCAGCGAGGUCCACAACCACCAAACUACCCACGGUGAUGCAGUCAAAGAUGUCGCCUUUGAUGUCGACAACGUCGAUCUCGUCUUCCGUCAGGCCGUCAGGAAUGGCGCGGAAGUCGUUCAGUGGCCUCAUAUCCUCCGGGACGAGCACGGCAAGGUUAAAUUAGCAUCGAUUAAGACAUACGGAGAUACCAUUCACACUCUGGUUGAGCGCUCCGAAUACGCGGGCGUGUUCCUGCCAGGCUACCGUGCCGAGACAGUCGAGGAUCCCACUAGUACAUUGCUGCCUUCUGUCAAGCUCGAGGUGAUCGACCAUUGCGUUGGAAACCAGGACUGGGACCAGAUGGAAGAGGUUUGCAAGUACUACGAGAAGGUUCUUGGUUUCCACCGGUUCUGGUCUGUUGAUGACAAGGACAUCUGCACUGAAUUCUCUGCCUUAAAAUCCAUCGUCAUGGCUUCUCCCAACGAUCUAAUUAAGAUGCCGGUUAACGAACCUGCCGUGGGCAAGAAGAAAUCGCAGAUCGAAGAAUACGUCGACUUCUAUGGUGGUGCGGGCGUACAACACAUUGCCCUCCGAACUAAUGAUAUUAUCAGCACGAUCAAGAGCUUGAAGUCUCGUGGUAUCGAGUUCAUCCGCGUGCCCGAUACUUACUACGACGCCAUGGAGCAGCGGCUUAAGCGAGCGGGCAUGGUCCUUGACGAAGACUUCGAGAUGCUAAAGGACCUGGACAUUUUGAUCGACUUCGACCAGGGAGGGUAUCUCCUGCAGCUGUUCACGAAGCAUUUGAUGGACCGUCCCACGGUAUUCAUCGAAAUCAUACAGAGACACAAUUUUGACGGAUUCGGAGCCGGCAACUUCAAGAGCUUAUUUGAGGCUAUCGAAAGGGAACAGAAGCUGAGAGGAAAUUUGUAG